AUGGGUUUAACCAUCAAGAUAGAAACCUUGAACGAUAGUGAUCAAUCUCCGGUGCAAGAAGGCGUCGAGGAUGGCUCCAAUGCUCAAGACGUAGCCCCCACUGAGGAAGAGAUUUGUGAUGACGUAGUUCUAUUGUGGAAGGAAGAGCCUGGAACAGAAGACGCUACGAUCCAGCACCUUUAUGAUAGAAUUAGAGAGAGAAAUCCAACAUGGAAAUUAAGCGCUUCACGUUUCCGGAAUAUCCUUAACCAACACCAUCUUUACGAUACGGAUUUAGAGACGGUGUCACUAUAUAAGGAAAAUAUUCAUUUUCCCAAGGCUGUAGAUUCUAAUGCUAAGGUCAAAGUAGAAUUUAUUGAUGACGAGCAUGGCAGGGGCCUUUUCGCCGAAAAGGAUUUUGCUAAGGGCCAAAUCAUUUUGAAGGAAAAUAAGCCUAUCGUAUUCAUCCCACCAUUAGACAAGCUAUUUUUCAUUUCUAAUGGGAAGGCCUGUGCUCGAUGUGGUAAGGCGCUGUACGAUUUGACCCAGCAAAAAAUCAUGGUUCAUUAUUUAGAUUGUGAGGUGUGUAAGGCAAUUUGGUGCAGUGAUAAAUGUAAAAAGGCUCACGCUCCCUUACAUGAACUCUUGUAUCAUUCAUGGAGAUCAAAUAGAAUUGAUAUUUUGCAUGCUGGUAACUGGAAAAGGUUUGUAAACUAUUGUGAGAAAUACUGUUUUACAGCGGCCUUUUCCAUUGGUCUUAUAUACGGGUCGAUGCUGUUAGAUUCCACAGGAGAAGUCAAAGAGCAAUGGGAUGAAUUAGCAAGCGUCUCACAAAGAGUCAGAAUCAAACUGAGAGACGCCAGUGGUAUUGGCAGUACGUUUAACUUGAUGAAUGGUACAAUAGCUCACACUGAAGACGGUUCUGAUAAUGGCGCCAAAAAAGACGAUGACGAAAAUGCUGAUGACGAGAUUGUCUGGGAAAAAUGCUAUGAGUUAUUCUGUGGUGCUUUCCCUAAAGCUUCUGAAGAAAUAGAUUUGGAGCAGUUUUUAACCAUGAUUGGGACGUUCAACAUUAACCAAUAUAAUGGACAAAUAUAUCAUUGGCACUCAUUCAUGAACCACGAUUGUGAACCAAAUGCUUAUAUCGAGCAAGCAGAAGAACAUGAGGAAUUGAAGUUACAUGCAAGAAAACCAAUCAAAAAAGGGGAGCAAGUUUGCGUCACUUACGUAAAUCCCUUACAUGGGGUCAGAUUAAGACGAAGAGAACUAAGAGUUAAUUGGGGGUUUUUAUGUCAGUGUGACCGUUGCCGAAAUGAGUUGUCCACUUUCGAAAGAGUUCCGAAUUCAGACAAGGAAAGUGUGUCCACCAAUUUGGCUAAGGUUGAUUCUGAUGACACUAGUGACGAUACUCCUGGUAGAUCAACAGAUAAUCGAAAAUCGUCUAUGCGGGAGGCUCAGCCGGAUUUAAAAGAGAUUUUAAAAAAUGGGAAAGAAUUCGAAUUGGAUAUUCCAGAAACGGUUGAUACGCAAGGUAACGUGAGGAAGACUUCAGUUAGAUUUGAUUCAAAUGUUUUUGUUGCAGUGGACGAAAGAUAA